CUUAGCGCUAAGAUCGCUUUGUUGAACAGGGCCCUGAACGUUUCCCCUAUUGUAUACACGAGUGUGGUACUUGCAGCUCAGAAAUGUCCUCGAAAACAAAAGUAUAAUGAAUUAAAAUUAAAAUAUAAUUAUCUUAAUUACUUCAUCACAUAUUUGUGAAAUGCAUUGUUUUUUGUUAUUAAGUCCAAAAGUAGUAUUCAUGUGAUUCUCGGCGAUAAAGUCAUAUAAUGUAGGUUAAUCCUUUUAUGAUAGCUGUAAGAACAUACUGAUAUUUACUGUGAAUCAGUGUAAAGAGAUUAGUUAAGACAUCUUUCGAUGCAAUAAUUAUAUUUCCAUGUUAAUUUCCAUCUCUCAACUAUGGAAUACUGUAAGGGUAAUCAGCGUUCCUGAGAUUUUUUAAUCAAGCACGUUUUACAUUGAAACCGGUUCCCAAAAGUUGAGAUUUUAAACACGCGAAAAGGGGAACAUGAUCCUUGCAGUACUCCAUACUGAGCAAAGUUAAAUGUUAACAAAACAAAAUAAGACCUUCUUUAAACAACUAUGUCGAUAAUCUGACAGAGUAAAGUGUUGAUUUCCAUGUCUAUACAAUAAUAAACGACCAAAAAGAUCUGUCAUAAUAAUUUCUCUUCCCCAGCCAUCUGCAUUCCGCCUUGCCUCCAUGGUGGCAAGUGUAAAAGGUUUAACGUGUGUAAAUGUGGAUACGGUUACACAGGGGAGAGGUGUGAACGAGCUUCCUGUCGCCCUAAGUGUAUGAACGGAGCGAAGUGUGUGGGUCCGGACCGGUGCUCCUGUCCCUCAGGAUGGUCAGGAAGGAGAUGUGACAAAGCUGUGUGUCAUCUGUCGUGCCAGAAUGGAGGAGUGUGCUUCAAGCCAGACAUCUGCGUCUGUAGGCGGGGGUACGCCGGGGCCAGCUGCCAGAAACCGUUAUGUUGGCCCCGAUGUCGUCACGGGGGUCGGUGCAUUGCCCCGCAGACAUGUCGCUGUAGACGGGGUUUCAGAGGACGUUUCUGUCAGCGGAGACUAAGAUGGGGCAGGCGGAUUGAGUCCUAUAAUGGAAAAUCGUAUGUGAAAAUACGAAUGAUGUUGAAAUGCCUUGAUAAGAACUGCGCAAAGUCGGCGAGUCGGAUGAGGACAGAAAAAACGCACCUGCCUAGCUACUUCUAUUACUACAGAUAACCUCACGUGAUGACGUAGCAAGAUGAAGUAACCUUGCAUGUCAUUGGUCGAAAAAUCUUCAGAGCACCAAUCGCAGUUGAAGUUGCUUGGGCGCGUCAUUUGAAAAUGGCGUUCUACUAAUUUCAAAGACACGCGACGUUCCAGACCUGUCUUGUACUAAUGCUAAUUACAAACCAUGUUCCGAUUCUGUGUAUAUUUGGCACCAAACUCAAGUGCCCCUUUUUUGCUGAUAAUCCUUAAGGUGCUAUACAUGUAUGUUCAGACAGUAUUAGAUAGUGUGUCGCCUCUGUGUUAGUAUUUAGUUAUCAGGACGUAGAUCUGUGAACAUUAUGCUUGCGCUGUUAAUAUGUAUAUAAGAACUUCAAUCUAUUUGUAUGUUUCGUAAUAUUGCAUGUACAUUCAAAAGAAGGGAGCGGGUGGUCCAGUCGUCUACGGCGCCGCAAUUCACAUGCAAAGUUACCUCCCUUUCGCUUAUGACGAUCCUAUCAAGGAUCGUGCCUUCGAGUUUCAGAUUCGCCUCAUUUAUAUUCCCUUGUUACAACACAGUACCCGUGAUUGGUUCGAAAAAUCGGUUUUCGACAAUCUGCGUCUCUUUGGGCUUUACUUCAUCAUGAACUGGUACAUCGUGAUACUAGUGAAAUACUGUUCAAAGCGGCUUUGUUAUAUGGGAUGAGACACUGUGUCCAGCAAAUAUGUAGUCCUAUUUGGGGUGUCUUUUGAGACAUUAGGCUUGUAAAGGUUAACAGUGCUCAGUCAUUCCAUCCUUUUCAGGUUGUAAACGAAUUCCUUGAAGUGGCACUAGGAUCGUACCACCUGGUAGUCUUUAGUGUCAUUGAAAGGUUUAUCACAAUCCGGAGACAAGUGUUCUUGUCGUCUAAGACGCAGCGAUUCACUGUUCAGACGUCCGUGCCAAGUUCGAAUUCAAGAUCCAAUCAGAUUAUGUUUCUUGGUUACCGUGCACGUGGGUUUCACAAAAGUGGUAAAUGUCUGAGACCUGCAUCAUUUCGGACUUUCCCCUCACAUUAAGCUGGCACGCUGUCAUACAGCUGAAAUACUGUUCAAUGCGGCAUUAAACCAAACUCCCUUAGGAAUAUCCUAAUGACACGGAGACGAUGUACCAGGACCGCACAAUUAGUUCAAAGAAACUGGCAAUGAGCAAAACACUUUGGAGCCUAGUACCUCUUUGAUUGUUUCCUGUGUAACCUCAUUUAUUAGUCUUACAGCUAAUAUUGACAUUAAAAUGCGUAUGCUCCAGUGCUUUUUGUACCAUAAUCAUAAUGUCAUUCAUCUGUCUUCUGUGUCAUUCCUGUUCACGUGUCCAUAGUCUACUUCAGGCCUUUACAACAGUACCAGCAACCCUAGCUGCAACCAUGUGGAUCGUCUUCAAUGAAGCUUGGUUGGCCCAGUGGGCACGGUGUUCGCUGUGCAGAGCUGCGUCCUCUAAGUGUUAGGACUCGCUGAUCGUGGGUUUGAAUCUCAUGUUCUUCCCGAUCGUUGGUCUGUCAGCUCCCUACCGGUGCCCGUUUAUUUCCCCAAAGGGGUAAACGACAACGGUCUGUGCUUGCGUCCAAGCUUACAUGCCGUGAUAUAACUGAAACACUGUUUAAGUCGGACCUGAACCAACUCACUCACUCAUCCAGCUUCUGAUAUGAAUGUAAUGACACCUCAGCAUAGGGCUAAAAACAGAAUGUGACUUGAACAUCGUAACGGUGAGCCUCCAUGUCUUGUUUUGUAUACGGUCAGGGAAUUUGCGGUGUUUUAUUCGCGUUAUGAUAUUACUCAUUCAAUUAUAAUAAUUAUGCAUUAAAUUUAGUUAUUAGUGCCGAUAUUGUGCAUCUUGAUGCUUGAAAAUAGACUCACCGAUGACGUUGAAAUAAUCGCAUACUAAGAAACAUUUUGUGAGUUCUUCUCAGAUUGUUUUUUGUUCUCAGAUUAUGUUUUUAGCUCUGGAGCUGUCUGAUGCACUUUUCAUCAAAUUCAACCUUUAAAAAUGAAUCCCAAUAAAACACACUAAUCUAAGCAAUCUAGAGAACAUUUGUUUCGGACAGUAGUGUAUCUGCUCAAAACGUUCAGAACUUUAUCUAAAAUAUCGAUGUUUAAUUUCCUUAGUUUUAUGAUUGUAAAUAUCAGUUAUUUUGAGUCCUGUUCCUUGUCCCUUGCUCCAGACUGUUACAAGCCAUUUCACGGUCAGGUAAAACGGAUACAUGUUACUUUGUUAGACAUAUUAAUGACAAGCUAAGCUGCUGAUUUGCAUAAUGGCAUACACGCAAGUAGGCCUUGUCCAAUGUUUUACAUGACUUUGUUUAAAAAACAUACUUGUGUUAGAAGUAUUAGGAGUCUAAUAAAGCGUUAUUUCUUGACACCCAGUGUGUAUAUCUGCAUUCACACACUUGUAAAUUGACAAAAAGUCCUUAAUUUAUAUAUGUGAUUAAAUUUAUCUUUAUCGA